AUGAAACACAACAGAAAUCAUUUGGAACCCCCCGAUCGUCUCACUAUUGAAGAUCCUAACAAUACGGACAACGAUAUCUCUGGCGGCACAAGGGCGAUCGACCUGAUUCUUCGCACCUUCGCUAGUGCUCAUACCACCCUGAAAAAUCGUAUGGAACACCUCGCACUCGUCCGAGGCCCGAACAAGAGCAUUCUGGGGCCGAUCAUUGCAGCGAACUUCGAAAAAUACACUGAACAGCACAAUCAACUUCGUCGGGUCUUCAUGACAGAAAGCAGAUUCGCUGGGCACAGAGUGCCUCCACCGCCGCCGUCAGAACUUUAUCAUGAUAGCGGAGUGCAUUCCGCUCCCCCGCCGCUGCCCGCCGGGCCGCCGCCUAUAAACCCUACCCUACCCUCGGUGCAACAACCCAUCAAUAAUGCAAGAUCAAGAUCCAAGGGCACGAGAGCCGAGCCAGAAGAUGUUUCCGAUGAAUAUUCUAGUGAAACGAAGCUAGUCAAACCCCGCAAAGGCCAAAUAGGACGACAAGCGCGUCGGUGGCGUGCCGCAAGAAUGAAAUACCUCAGGCCUGAUCUCAAGAAUCUCCCCAGCUCCAUCACUGUCAAACAGGCUCUUUGGCACGGCGGCUAUGCUACCAACGGGGAAAUGAAACGUGACUUGAGCUCGAGAGAACGGAGACAAGUCGCGGCCUAA